AUGCUGACGAGCGCCUUGGUGACGAUAACAACCCUCCUGUCUUGGGGUUACGACGUGUUGGCCACGCAGGUCGUCUUCUCCAACUUCUCCGUGGACAACGAAAUGCGCUCCAGCUUCAUCCAGCGGCGGCUGCGGAGCCAAGAGCGCAGAGAGAUGCAGCGGGAGAUCCUCUCCAUCCUGGGGCUGCCGCAUCGGCCGCGGCCGCACGUCCACACCAAACACAACGCUGCCCCGAUGUUCAUGCUGGACCUCUACAAUACCAUCUCUACAGACGCAGAGCCGCCCGGAUACUCUUACUACAAGUCUGUUUUACCAACCCAGGGCUCCCCCAUGGUGACCCCGCAGGACAGCCGCUUCCUAGAUGACGCAGACACGGUGAUGAGUUUUGUCAAUCUAGUUGAUACGGAUCAGGAUCUUCUGUACCAGCAGCACAGAAGAGAAUUUCGAUUUGACCUUUCUCGUAUUCCAGAGGGAGAGGCCGUCACAGCAGCAGAGUUUAGGAUUUAUAAACAUUUCAUCCAGGAACGCUACGAGAAAGAGACAUUCAGAGUUAGUGUGUACCAGGUCCUGCAGGAGCCUCCAAACAGUGACGUGGAGCUCUUGCUGCUGGACCGGCGCGAGGUGUGGGCUGCAGAGGAGGGCUGGCUGGUCUUUGACCUGACCGUCGCCAGUAACCUCUGGCUGGUCAACCCUGAGCAGAACCUCGGCCUGCACCUGGUCCUGGAGGACAUCCACGGCCAGAGGAGGAACCCCCGACUGGCGGGGCUGGUGACGGGCAGUGGACCUCAGGACAAGCAGCCCUUCAUGGUCGCCUUCUUCAAAGUCAAUGAAGUGCGAAUCCGCAGCAUCCGCUCGGCCAACGGCCACAAGGGGCGCCAGUCUAACCGCUCCAAACCCCAGAGGACUGUCCAAGAUGCUCUAAAGGCAGUGGAGGCUGCCACAGAUAAUCUUGGCCUCUCCAAAGAGGGAUGUAAAAAACAAGAGCUGUAUGUCAGUUUCAGAGAUUUGGGAUGGCAGGACUGGAUCAUAGCACCAGAGGGCUAUGCAGCUUUUUACUGUGAGGGGGAAUGCGCCUUCCCUCUCAACUCUUACAUGAACGCCACCAAUCACGCCAUUGUGCAAACUCUGGUGCACUUUAUCAACCCAGACACGGUGCCCAAGCCCUGCUGUGCCCCUACCCAGCUCCACGGCAUCUCAGUGCUCUACUUUGACGACAGCUCCAACGUCAUCCUCAAGAAGUACCGCAACAUGGUGGUCAGAGCCUGUGGCUGCCACUGA